CGGACCCUGCAGCUGGCAGGCGAGCCGGAGCGCAGAGGUGGCGCCGCCAGCGGGCUCCGGAAUCGGUUGAGCCGCCUCCUUCUCCGCGGCUCGCAGGGGAGGUUCCGGCCGCCCGAGCCCGGGGCAGCCGGUUGGCAACAACGCCUUGAGGGGGAAAAGGCGCGCCUUCAUUUCAGCCCGCCACUUUCAGCUGGAGCCGAAACCUCCUGUCACAAGCCAGAGGGAAGAUGGCACCCACCUUGCAUCAGGCAUACCGGCGACGCUGGUGGAUGGCCUGUAUUGCGGUGGUGGAAAAUCUCUUUUUCUCUGCUGUUUUGCUGGGCUGGAGCUCCUUACUCAUUAUGCUCAAACGUGAAGGCUUCUACUCCCAUAUGUGCAUAGAUAAGAAUAACACCAAUGUUUCAAUUGUGUUUAAUGUGUCCCAUCCCUGGCUCAGCUGUGUGGAACAGGAAGAAAUGCUUACCCUGGGUUUCACCAUUGGCUCCUUUCUCUUGAGUGCAGCUACUUUGCCUCUUGGCAUCUUGAUGGACCGAUUUGGACCCAGGCCACUCCGCCUAGUUGGCAGUGCCAGCUUUGCUUUCUCCUGUGCUCUCAUGGCUCUGGCUGCCUACAACCCAUUAGUUCUUUCUCCAUUGAUUUUUCUUGGCCUUUCCCUAAAUGGUUUUGGUGGGAUCUGCCUGACGUUCACCUCCUUAACUCUGCCCAACAUGUUUGGAAACUUGCGUUCUACUUUCAUGGCCCUCUUGAUUGGCUCUUAUGCUUCUUCUGCUGUUACAUUUCCUGGGGUUAAGCUGAUCUAUGAUGCAGGAGUUUCGUUCAUCGUUAUCAUGCUUGUCUGGUCAGGCCUGGCUUGCCUCAUCUUCCUCAACUGCAUGAUCAACUGGCCUAAGGAGUCCUUCCCAGCUCCAGAAGAGGCCAACUAUACGAAGAAGAUCAAACUGAGCAGCCUAGCUCUAGAUCACAAGGUGACCGGUGACCGAUUCUACCUGCAUGUGACAGCUGUGGGGCAGCGGCUAAGCCAGAGGGAGCCGCAGCUGGAGGGGGGCAAGAAGGCCCUCUACCCAUCAGUGCAGGACCUCUGCCAAGGGGCCACCAAAUCAGCCCAGCGCUCCAUCCCCUUCUGCCACAGUGUCUGUUCUCCUAUCUUUCUGUGGAGCCUCAUCACAAUGGGCAUGACCCAGUUGCGUAUCAUCUUCUAUAUGGCAGCUAUGAACAAGAUGCUGGCGUUCCAGGUGACGGGUGGCGUGGACCCUGUGCCAGAAGAAUUGGAGGAUAAAGCCAAGAACACAGUCAGUUUCUACUCUUCCAUCUUUGGUGUCAUGCAGUUAUUAUGUCUUCUCACUUGUCCCUUCAUUGGCUAUGUGAUGGACUGGCGCAUAAAGGAUUGUGUGGAUGCACCAGGAAAUACAAACCGUGCUGGAUCUAUCAAUCCUGAGAUGAAAGGAAUUCCACCUAAAGUCCGCUAUCUUAAGAUCCAGAAGCUCACCAAUGCUAUCCGAGCUUUUGUCACCACCAACCUUCUGUUGGUUGGAUUUGGUAUCACCUGCUUGAUCAACAACCUUCCUUUGCAGUUUGUGACCUUCAUUCUUCACACCAUGGUACGCGGCUUUUUCCAUUCUGCCUGCGGAAGUCUCUAUGCUGCUGUGUACCCUUCCAAUCACUUUGGUACAUUGACCGGGCUCCAGUCCUUGAUCAGUGCCGUAUUUGCUCUCCUACAACAGCCAUUUUUCAUGGCUAUGGUGGGACCAUUACAAGGGGAUCCCUUCUGGGUGAAUCUUGCCCUGCUUAUCUUCUCAUUUAUGGGCUUCCUGCUCCCCGGCUAUCUCUUCUACUACCGCUACAAACUUAUCCAGAAGCAAAUGGCCAAAGAUGGUGUUCCUGUGAAAUUCCAGGACAAUACACUUGCCAAUGGCUUGCUGAACAAUGAAGCCACCUCUUUAUAAAUCAGGCAUGGGGAAAGUGGGGAGUUGUGGAUGAUGGAGAGCAGAAUGCAGAACUGGUGUGCCUAACAGAUGGAGCAAGGCGCCGUGAGCAAAGGGAUGAGACAAUACUGUGAGAACAUUACAUUUGGGAACUAUGAAAAUAACUGAGGUGCUUUUAAUUCUCAACAAAUGCCUAUCUAUAUUUAUAUCUAUCUAUAUUUUUAUAUAUAUAUAGAAACAAAACUCUAUUUUUUUUGCAGGGUAUUUUAAAAAGCUCAGUGAUUUUUAAAUAGACGAUUAGAACAUCAGUCACUAAGCAUUGGAAACCAAGAAGCAUUUAUGAAAAGAUCUUGAAUGAAGGGUUGGCAGGGUGGAGUACCAUGCCUAACGUACAGCACCUUAGGUAGCUCUCACCAGUCGAAAUUUUCCAGUGUUGUUUGGCCCUGGGCAGGAACUUGACUCUCACCAUUUCCGUCUCCUCCCUGCCUGAUAAUUAUUGCAGAGAAAAUCAAGAAGUGACUGCAAAAUCCCAGAAGUAAAUUCAAAAGGAUUAUUGUUUGCUAACAGUCCCAGGGAGUCCCUUGUGACUCUGUCCCCUUGGGGUUCGGCAACUAAUAUUGGGGGUGUCAAAAAAUUGGAUGCCGUGUUAGAUCAUUGCUUGAUAAUGAAUGCUGCAGGUUGUGCCUUAGCUCCCAAUCCUGUUUUGAGCUUUAAAAGACAAGCCCCCUCCCCAUGAAUUGUCCCCCAGAGAUGAAUUUAAUGGCCUUUUGAGUGCUGUGAAUUUUUCCAGAUAUUGUUCUUUGAUCUGUCUUGAUUGCAAGUGUGACAAGGUUUGUAUACUACAGAAGUGUAGGCAGGCAUUGAUUUAACAAGACUUGUGUCAGAAGAAUAGAAGUGCCAAUUUUUCAUGACUGACUUUCUGCCUGGGCCUUUCCCCAAAAAAUUUUUUUUAAAUCCUAGCGACUGGAUUUGCACUGGCAGAUCCCAGCCAAACUUUUUUAUUGAUAUGGAAAUUGUAUUGCUGCCUUUCUAUUAAGAGCAGGCUGUGGUUUGUCUUAAAACAAAAUAAAGCCAUACAGCGAUCCAACAAUAAAAUUAAAUAAGUUUCUGUGCAACAUUAAACCCAAUAACUGUCUAAAAAACUAAAUAAGCCAACUGGCAACUGAAUGAUAAAAUGUAGGUAGAUUAAAAAUAGAAAUGGUGGAAACGUGGUUAAAAAUGUUUUUAUGAGGUACAAAAAGUAGCGUUUAGCAGGGCUGGGCCGAUUCUUCCUUGGGAGGGAAUUCUGCAUACAGGUAACUCUCAACUUACAGUCACAACUGAGCCCAACAUUUCCGUGGCUAAGUGAGACAGUUGUUAAGUGAAAUUUGCCCCAUUUUACGACCUUUCUUGCCACAGUUGUUAAGGGAACGUGGCUUUCCCAUUGAGUUGGCUUGUCAGAGGGUCAUAAAAAGUGACCCCACUUCAACCGUCAUAAAUAUGAGUCAGUUGCCAAGCAUCUGAAUUUUGAUCACAGGAUCGAAAUGUGAUGCUGCAACAAUCCUAGGUGUGACAAAUGGUCCUCAGUCACUUUUUUUCAGUGUUGUUGUAACUUUGAACGGUCACUAAAUGAACUAUUGUUAAAUCGAGGACCACCUGUACUAGAACCAGCCCUGAAAAUGCUUUAGUCCUACUCAAAGAUACCUGCAAGUUUCCAUUCAGUGGUUGUGACUUGGAAAAAAUGGAGGAGAAGGCACCGUUGGCUGUGGUUGAUGGAGUGUUCUGUUCCAAAGGUCAAAGCCAUCCACCAUCAGCUAAUGUGGUAGCCAGGGGAAAAUCAUAAUUUGGCCUGUUUCUGCUCAAAGUGGGGCUGCCAUAUUUUGAAUCAGUGGAGUUUUUUGAAACGGUUUCAAGGACUUCUCUGUAUAGCAUACUGCAGAAGCUAAGUGUGAAAA